GAAAAACAAAAGCAGCGCAUUACGGAAGGAAAUAAACCUGGCGUUACAAUCGUUUAAACCGGAUAAAUCACACGGACGGCAAAACGAAAGUGCUAGAAUAAUGUCAGUGUUUGGAGAAUUGUAACGUUUUAUAUAGCAUAUUUGCUUGCAGCCUCCACUGGAACACAACAGAAAUGGUCAGAAGUGAACUCUUCUUUGUAUGCAGCCUUCAGGAAGGAUAACUGUUACUGUGCACUGCUGUGAGGCCCAAUACAAUCACUAGCUAAUAAGCGAUAGUGCUCAGGUUUGCUAAAAUGGAAACAUUUUUGGCAUCAUGAGCGUUGUUAAGCAUUGUGACGCAGACUGCUUUGAUAUCGUGAGUGCGAACAAAAUGGAGGGUAUCAAGUCGUUAAGUUGUCUGCUGUAAUGUUGUGUGAAGCCGUGCUUAGACUGCGUGUGUUUGGGAUAAUGCUGUUAGACUGAGAGAAAGAGUCACUUAACAGAAACGUGGAAGGAAUACUGUAAAGCGUAACGUUGUUCCCGAACUGUAACGUGGACAGACUGCAGAAUAAAGCCACGAUGUUUUGUCGUGAACCGCCUUCACCCGCAGAGAGCUAAAAGAGGAGCAGAGAGCACAACAUGAGCGAGCCGGGGGAUACCGCGAGCGUUCCCGGUUCCUCCGGCCUCAGCUGCGGCACCGGGCUUAGUCUCAGCGGGGGCAGAGGGCUCCCGGGGCGGGUCAGGAGUUUGUCCUCUCCUGCUCCUCCAGGAAGACUGACGUCUCUCAGGACCAGGGACCUGACUCUGGGGGGAGUCCUAAAAAAGCCAAAGAAAACCUUUGAGCCAAACGUCCACGCUGUAAGGAAAAGCAAAGAUGAGUUAAAGGAGGAGAUCCGUGUAGCUCCAAAAAAGGAGAGAAGAGAGAGGGAUGAGAGGAAGAGAGAGAACAGAGGGAAGAGGAGAGAGAGGCCUCAAACCAUCCAGUCUCACUCCAUCUUUGAACAGGGUCCUGCUGACACCCUUCGCAAAUCAGGCUGGCGUGGUGCCACAGACCCGCACGACUCCAGCACCUCUCCUGUAUGUAAAGUGGUGAAGAAAGAGAGGACGGACUCAGAGGAGGAUGAAGAUGAGAUACUCAGUAAACUGCAGAGGGAUGAUUUCAUAGACGACCCAGGUCUGAGGAAUGACACCAAGCUGAAACCCAUCCAGCUGCCUCUGUGUCAGUCCAGCAGCUUCAGUAAGAGUCAACCUCUUACAACCACCACUGCAUUUCCGGAGAACGCUCAAGUGUUCAGACCUCCAUCCUGUCGAGCUCAGAAUAGAGCAGGCUACAGCAAAACACAGCUGCCCAAACCAGAGCAGCCGUCUGUGAUGGAGCUGCUGCAGGAUCUCAGCCUGUCUGGCAGAGAGGAGAUCUUCUUCAUGCAGUUACCUGACAGCAUGCCAGGCACAGUGUCUGGACCGAUGACCGACGGCCCUGUACGAUCCACAGCAGAGAAACCCACCAAGAAGGAAGGCAAGUCUGAAGACAAGAAGCCUACAUAUCUACAAGCACGUGAGGCUGCAGUGAAGGAUAGCUGUCCUGUGCUGUCACAGCUCCCAGAGGGAUUUUUGGGUAAACUGCAGAUCAGGAAGUCAGGGAAGGUGGAGCUGAAGCUGGGUCACAUCAUCAUGGACGUCUCUGAGGGAGCUGCAUUCUCCUUCCUGCAGCAACUGGUGUCUGUGCGUCUGUCUGAUGGUCGAACUGGAGAAAUGAUGGUGUUGGGAAACGUCCACCACAAACUGGUCUUAUCUCCCGACUUCCAGGCUUUACUGAGAGAAGCUGCAACACAGCAGCAACAAGGACUUUGAGGAUGUCUCAUUGACUGCACAGACAGUCAACAGCUGAACAGUGGACUCUGUGACAUAAGGACAUAUUAGUUUGAGUAUUGUUGCAUUCCUGAUCCUCACCAACAGAUGAGAGUAAAAAGAAACGUCUGUUCUCCAUACCUCUUCUCUGAGUUUUAUAGGCAGCUAUGUACAGUAGGUGACCCUCAGUAACCUGUUUUUAUCAUUUUUAUGCUUUGAUUUAGUUUUUGUUGUUUAACCUCCUGUGAAAGCAAAGCAUUCUGUCAGAAUUUGAAUGAGGUUUUUCCCUCUGAUGUGAAGACACUGCCACAUGUAACCUACCCCCAUGAGGACCAUUGCAGCUGUUACCUGAUCUCAGACCACCAUUUACACUCGGUCAGUCCUACACACACCAGCAGAGAGCAGGAGACUCACUCAACACCAGCAUAAGUCAGCACCCAGAGAAACAGCGAGGACAUUCACACCCAUCAUCAGAGACCAUACCUGAGCAGAGACAGAUAAUGUUAUUGUGUGGCUCAGGUUCCAGACUUUGGUCAACAAAACCACAGAGUCAUUAAAUUAUUACCUGACAGGUGCUUUGAUAACUGAACUUUAAUAUCUGCACUGAGCUCCUGUUAUUCUCAUCAUGUGUGUGAUGUUUAGUUUUCAGAAGGUCAAAUGGUGCAAAGCACACAUACUGCAGUCACUGUACUGAUGCACAGCUGCAGUUUGUAAGUUAUGUUGCAUUUAACUUAGAUAUAGUUGUAUUCCAUUGUUAAUAUUAAGAUGUUUGUUUUGUUGGUUUAUUGGAUCUGCAUGUUUUUUUUGCUACCUUGACAUCAAUAAAGUUUUCACUCUUCUCAGA